AUGGACGAAGAUAUACUUGCUCACGGUGGUGUGAACGUCGCACGCGAGGAAAUCGGCAGCCCGACACAGCCUUUUUCAUCGCCUGGGCGCCCUACUUUCCACAAAGAUAUUCGCGGCGAUAUUGAUACUACGAGCUAUAACUGUAGCGAUGUUGGUGGCAUCAAGGGCGGCGAUGAUGAGUCUACUGUGUCUGACGAGAGUGAAAACAAUGAAGACGACUCUAGGGAUUUUACUAUCUCUGAAGACGCCAAUCGCAAUACGGAUGAUAAUAUACACAACACUGGUAUGGAAGGCGGCGAUAAUAAGUCGACUGUGACUAACGAGAGUAAAAUGACUACAGACGCCACCUUAAUUGACUGCACUUGCGCCAUUCACAGUGUAACUUGGGAUAAUGCUGAUGGUCAGACGAUAGAGGUUUACAAUCCCAGGUCUAAGUUCAACCUCGAUAUAUAUACAAAUACCUUAGCCAAUACAGCCAUAUUCAUACUUCAUAGCUAUAUUUAUCUAAAAACCAACAGGCGCCGGAGUAACAAGCAAAACAUUUAUCUACUCAUACCCCCUGAGCGGAUCAAGGCUAUAACAACCCAAACCUCUCCCGCUGCGCGAGCUACAGCGUCAAAUACCGUCAUUCCUCAAUUUUACUCAUUGCAUUUCUCCUUAAUACAGCAGCCUGAUUUCAUAGGCCCUCAAAGUGACCUCCCACUGUCCAAGGGAAAAACAAAAGCGCAGCUGGAUUUGCUUCAAGACCUCGCUAUCGUUACCGAGUUUACUAUCCAUCUUGCUAGCUCAGACACUGUCACACCAAAUAAUGCGCUGGAGGUGGUGGCCCAUAAGGGGGGUGCCGUUGUCAUAUUCUUAAGAGGGACACUGCUUUUUACAUUGGCCCUGGGAAGGGAUCUCUUGGACCAAACCACCGUCAAGAAACUCCAUGGUCGGACUCCUGGCGCGAUCAAGAUAUUAUCGGGCAAACAACCUGUUUGCCCCUCCCUUUCUCUACUCGCUAAAGGAUCCUCAACCCCUCCCUGA